UCUAAUAGGAAAUCUCGCCUGUGCCCUCGGAAUCAUUAUGUACGCGAGACUUUAUGUUUACUGAGAUUUCCCUCCACCUGAAAGACAGUGUUUUGAAAGGGGUCAUGUUCUGGUGUAUAUUAAGAAUUAAGCCUAGUACAAUGUAAUGACUUUGAAGAGGAAUAAGUUUUGAAAAAUGGAUUCCCUUCCUAUACAGUCCAAGAUGGACUGUUCAUGUAUGGAGCUGGCUUUGGAGGGGGAGAGACAGUGUAAAGCCGGGGACUGUCGAACGGGGGUUCAGUUCUUUGAGGCAGCAGUUCAGUCUGGUACAGAUGACCUCAAGACACUCAGUGCUAUCUACAGUCAACUGGGAAAUGCUUAUUUUUACCUACAAGAGUAUGGAAAAGCCCUGGAAUAUCAUAAACUUGAUCUAUCUUUGGCAAGAACCCUGGGAGAUAAAGUUGGAGAAGCCAAAGCCAGCGGAAAUUUAGGAAACACUCUCAAAGUAUUGGGCAAAUUUGAUGAAGCUAUUGCCUGUUGUAAUCGACAUUUAGAGAUAUCCCGGGAACUAGAGGAUAAGGUUGGGGAGGCCAGAGCUUUAUAUAACCUUGGCAAUGUGUAUCACGCCAAAGGCAAACACACAGGUCGCUGUGGUGACCAGGAUCCAGGGGAAUUCCCUCUAGAGGUCAAAGAAUCUCUUCAAAAGGCAGCUGAAUUUUAUGAAGGCAAUCUACAAAUCGUACGAGAAAUUGGGGAUAAGGCUGCACAAGGUCGAGCUUGUGGAAACCUUGGCAACACAAACUAUCUCCUUGGUAACUUUAGUGCUGCCAUCAGGUAUCAUGAAGAGAGGCUGGCUAUUGCCAAAGAAUUUGGUGACAAGCAGGCAGAAAGACGAGCAUACAGCAAUCUGGGAAAUGCUCACAUCUUCCUUGGUGAAUUUGAUGUAGCAGCAGAAAAAUACAGGAAAACUCUACAGAUAGCAAAGCUUCUAGGUGACAAAGCUUUAGAGGCUCAGGCUUGUUACAGCUUGGGGAAUACUUACACACUACUCCGAGAUUAUGAGAAGGCUAUUGAGUACCAUAUGAGGCAUUUACAGAUUGCUCAGGAACUAACUGACAGGGUGGGAGAGGGCCGGGCCUGUUGGAGUCUGGGCAAUGCCCACACGGCCCUGGGCAACCAUGAGGAUGCUAUGCAGUUUGCCAGUCAGCAUUUACAGAUCUCUAAAGAAAUAGGAGAUGAGACGGGACAACUGACAGCUCAGAUGAAUUUAGCUGAUCUAAGACAGGUGCUUGGAAUCAACGGAAAUGUCAAUCAACAUUCAGAUGAAAAAGAUGUUGGAAUAAGUCGUCGACCAUUUAGAAGACAUAGUAUGGAAAAUAUGGAAUUGAUGAAGUUAACGCCAGACAAAAAGGGAGAGACUGGUGGGGCCAGACCAAAGAUGAACAAAUUCAUGAAAUCUGCCAGUGUGGCUGUAGAGGUAGAUAGGGAGAAGAAAGAAAAAUUAUCUACUCAUGAGGAGAUGAGUGAGGAUUCAUUCUUUGACCUAUUGAGUAAGUUCCAGAGCCGACGAAUUGAUGAUCAAAGGUGCUCGUUUAAACCAAUGGAAUCGAAACCAGACAGCAAUGGGGAUCAGCUGAAAAAAGAUACAGAUGGGGAAGAAUUUCUUGAUAUGGUGGCAGGAAUCCAGAGUUCUCGAAUGAACGAUCAAAGAGCAGAACUUCCCCGGUAUCCAGGUCUGAAUUCACAGGAAGUUAUCAGCCAGUAUCUCCACAGUCAGCCAACGGAAGAACCCGACGAUGCUUUCUUUGAAAUGUUGAUGCGUUGUCAGGGUAGCAGGAUAGAGGACCAGAGAAGUGCAAUGCCCCCGCCACGACCAGCUCCAACUGUUCCUGAUGAGGACUUUUUCAGUUUAAUUCAAAAAGUGCAGUCAAGUCGUUUGGAAGAACAAAGAACUACAUUACCUAAAUUAGUCCCAGAAACCACAGGCAAAAAGAAGAAAAAAUAGCCCUAUAAUUGUAAAAAAAAAAGAUAGCAAAACACUGUACUUAUUUAUUUUUUACUGUUAGUGAAUUUUUUUUAAACGCUUGAUGUGUAUAUAAACAUAAAGAUAAGCUUGGCUUUUGUGAUGCCAACUUGUGGUAUACAUGUAGGUGCUUAGCACAAAAAUGUGUGAAAAUAUAUUUUUAUAAAUGUUUUAAAAUGAUUUUUUCAAAAGGUAUCUUUACAGUUUUGUGGAUAUGAUAAUGAAAAAUAGAGUCCUCAACAAGUUGUAAAAUUCAUUUCACACGAGUCCAGAGGUCAAGUUGGGGCUUGUUCUUUGCCUGAGAAAUUUGUGAUACUCAGGUGAGAGUCUAGGGCCAAUUGAUCUUCUUUUCCAUGUGUAAAUCUCAUUAAAAAAAUUAUUACAGCAUUAUAUAUGAUACAUGGUGGACGAGACCAAAAUAAAUACCUUUUGUUGAGAUUUGCUAAAUUUCAUCUCAAAAGGAAAAGGGCAUAACAGCAAUAUAUACGGACAUUUAAAUCACAGACCUGCCCUUUGGUAGGAAGGGAUCUCAUAUUAUUAUUGCAUUUGUUUUACAUGUUGUAUAUUAGCCAGAAAUCUGUAUUUUUCAUUCUAAGUUGUAGCCAAAUUAAUGUAUUAAAGGCCCAGUCCAGAGAAGCCUUUGAAAAAAUUUCCAUAUAAAGAAGAAAUUAUGAAAAUAUCAAAAAAUAACAUUGCAAUUCUUUUAAACCUUAUUGUUUACCACACAGACUGGCCACACAGACUGGAAUUGCCAAAGAUAAUGGGAAUACAAGACUAGGGCAAUCCCCUGCUCUGAGACAAUAUUCAAUUUCAGAGUUCACAGAAAAGUUAUACUUUCCUAAAAUUGUAUUUUCAAUAAUGUAAUCUUCAAUACAUUUGAGUAAUUUAUUUUAUUGAACAACUUAUUAAUUGAUAAUUGGUUUUUAAAGUUGACAGUUAAGCAUAUUUAGAAGGAAAUGGGUUUAUUAGAGCCAAAAAAAUGAUUUUUGAACAUGAAUGGGUCAGGUUUCCAUUCUUCAGUAAUGUUUAAAUUAUGGAAAUCUAUUUUUAUGUUUCAAAAAACGGAGUCUGAACCCAUUUUAUAUAAAAAUUGAACUUUUUAUUCUUUUAUUUAAAUCACACCAACACACAUCUAAGUUAUGUAGACAUCGUAGUGUACUGGUUAACGCGUUCAGUCUUGUGCCAAAUCAUGAGCUUUCGAGAGAGUUCGAAGCUUUUUUUUUUCUUUUUACAUACCUUAAAACAUGGGUGAAAAAAUUAUUUAUCAAUAAUUUAUUCCAUAAAAUACAGAAAGUGAAUGUUUAAAAGCAAUAUUGAAAAUACAAUUUUUGACAAAUAUAACUUUUCAUGAACUUUUAGAAUUGAGAAAUGUCUUUUCUCAGAUUUGGGUAUUGUCUUCACCUUGUACACCUCCAUUCUUUAGAAGCUCUAAAGAUCUAUUAAGGUACAUGCAGGUGUAAAGUUUUUUAAAAAAAAAAUCUUGAGUCAGAGAAAUGUACGGUUGAACUUUGUUAUCUUGAACAUAUAUCUCAAAUUCGAGGAAUAUGUCAAAGUGAGUUGACAGUCCAAACCCAUUUUUCUUUAUGUAUUUCAACCUUGUUAUCUCGAAUUCUCAGAUACCUUGAAGUUAAAUCUCAGUUCAAUCAAGUUUGAGAUAACAAGGUUAGACUGUAUAUGGUAUUUCUAGUUAUUACCUCACAUCACAUUUUAUGUACUUAUCUGAGAUUGAAAUUCCUAGGAAUAUGAUUUUCAUUACAUUAUUGCUAUUGGUGUAUGUGUGGUGAACUACUAGAAUUCAAUUGGUGCUUGUGUAUAUUGCUCUCCACGAGAUGUUUUCUAAUGUGAUUUUUUAUACACCACUGAUUAAAGAUUGUUUUAAAGCUUUGUCUGUCCCUAACAAAAUUUUGCCAAGUUGAAUACAUAUGUUUGUUGAAUUUGGCUGUUAACACUAUUUAAGGCCACUGCAGUGACUUUUGGUCACGGGUCAUAUUUCACACUUGUCAGUUAUAAUUGUAGCGAGUCGGACACAUCAAGAGUACCAUUUCUUUGUAUUCUUAUCAGCUAUUAUCUACAAACAGUAUUAAAAGCUUUUCUUUUUCCUGUAGAAGCAAUCUGUUUGUACUCUUGCAUAUGAGAGAAAGAGGAUAAUUGUGUUACAUGUUUGUUGAAUGAUUGUUUUGUUGCAUAUCCAUGAUACAACUUUUCAUUUAUUCAUGGGACCAUAAUAAAAUUCAUAGUAAUAUUUG